AUGUUAAAUACUGGCAUUCAAGACUAAGAUAGUCUUUAAAUUAAACAUAUAGAUCUCUUAAAAUUUGGAAAUUUGAAUAAAAAAUAUAUAAAUCUAUAUAUAUAGCAAGAAUAGUAAGUGAAUACAUAUUUAUUAUAUUCAACUAGCUUAUUCAAAAUUCCUAUCAUUAAUGAGCUUUUCCCAUAAAUUGCAAAAUUCUAUAUUAAUAAGAUGCAACAAGUUAUAAAUCAUGUUUUAAAAUAUUAUAUAUUAUAUCAGCAAUGUUUUAGAUUCAAGUUAUAAGAUUAAUUUAUGAUCAUACCAUUUUUCAUUUUUUUAAUCUUGUAAAAUAUCAACAUGAAAAGGUGUGAAUUAAAGUAGUAAAUAGUUCAUAUAUUUUAUAGAUGUUAGAGGUUCUAUUUUUAGAUUAAUAGCUUCCCUUUAACGAUAUUUUAAUUAAAUUUAAUAAUAAUUUUACUUCAUAAUAUGAACUACAAAAGUAACAUUCUAUGUUUAGCUUCAUCAAUAAUAAAUAUUCUAAAUUUAUGAGUUGGGGUGAACCAGCAGAAGUUAACAUUCAAGCACAAGAUGGGGGAAAUGAUGCCCCUUAAAAUAAUUGGGGUAAUACAGAAUAAACAUGGGGCAAUAAUGAUGGUUAAUAAUAAGAUGUUCAAUAAGUAUUCAAUAAUUAUUUAACAAUCAUUAGGGACAAGAAGAUUAAUAAAAUGAAAGAAAAGGGAAAAAAGGGAAAAAAAGAGAAGCUUCACCUCCUCCUGUAAAAAGAGUUAGACCUAAUCCAAUAGUUAUUGUAGUUGAUGAAGAUGAAGAUAGUGAAACACAAAAUAUUAUCAUAAAUGAAUGUCCAAAAUUGUAAAAUAAGAAUAAGGGAUUGAUUUAGAAUGAAAAUAAAUAAAUUUGUUAUGAGGGUAAUCUAAAAAUUGAAGAUUGUGUUGUGAAUACAAGAUUUAUUAGUUUUGAUUUAGAAUAAUAAGUGAAAAUUGAUUGCAUUGGAGAAUAUACAAUUGAGAAUGCUAAAGAUUUAUUAAAAACACUUAAUGAUUAAGUUAUUAUUGGUAUAGUUGAAGGAUUAGAUGAAGAGAAUUAGAAAGUGAUUAAUAAAUUAGCUGAUAAUUUAUUAGAUAAAUAAUAAUCAAUUAAGUUUAAGGAUUUAAGUCUAUUUAGUAUUAAAUAACUAUAUAAAAUUGAAAAUAAAUCAAGAUUAGCAUUUAUUAAAUAAAUAACUUAAUGA